CUAUUCCUCACACUGACACUAAUGAUGGGGCACUAUUCCUCACACUGUCACUAAUGAUGGGGCACUAUUCCUCACACUGACACUAAUGAUGGGACACUAUUCCUCCCACUGAUACCAAUGAUGUGCCCCAUCAUUGGUGUCAGUGGGAGGAAUAGUGCCCCAUCAUUGGUGUCAGUGGGAGAAAUAGUGCCCCAUCAUUGGUGUCAGUGGGAGGAAAAGUGUCCUUUCAUUGGUGUCAGUGACACCAAUGAGGGGGCACUAUUCCUCCCACACUGACACUAAUGAUGGGGCACUAUUACUCCCACUGACACCAAUUAU